AAACUUUCAAUCUCUUUGACAAAUAAUUAUCACCAAUGGCGGACGCAGCACCAGACGCAGCAGCACCAGCCGGUGGUAGAGGAGGUUUCCGUGGCGGCUUUGGGUCAGGUGACCGAGGCAGGGGUCGUGGACGUGGUCGCGGACGUGGCCGUGGACGAGGUCGUGGAAGGGGCAAGCCAGAGGACAAGGAAUGGCAGCCAGUAACCAAGCUCGGCAGGUUGGUCAAAGACCUGAAGAUCAAGGAACUGGAGGAGAUUUACCUGUUCUCUCUCCCCAUCAAGGAAUUUGAGAUCAUUGACUUCUUCCUUGGCCCCGCCCUCAAGGACGAGGUGCUCAAGAUCAUGCCCGUCCAGAAGCAGACCCGUGCUGGACAGCGCACCAGGUUCAAGGCUUUUGUAGCUAUUGGUGACCACAAUGGCCACAUCGGUCUUGGAGUGAAGUGCUCCAAGGAAGUAGCGACAGCCAUCCGUGGAGCCAUUAUCCUGGCCAAGCUUUCCAUCAUCCCAGUCAGGCGAGGCUAUUGGGGUAACAAGAUCGGCAAGCCUCACACAGUACCCUGCAAGGUUACAGGAAAGUGCGGCAGUGUAUUGGUGCGUUUGAUCCCUGCACCCCGUGGUACUGGUAUUGUCAGUGCCCCAGUACCCAAGAAGCUGCUUCAUAUGGCUGGUAUCGAGGAUUGCUACACCAGCGCCUGCGGACAGACCGCUACCCUCGGCAACUUUGCUAAGGCUACGUUCCAGGCCAUCUCCAAGACGUACAGCUACCUGACCCCUGACAUGUGGAAGGAGACCGUCUUCAGCAGGUCACCCUACCAGGAGUUCACCGACCAUCUGGCCAAGAACCAUAAGGGACAAGCCAGCAAACCCGUUCCGGAAGCCUAAGUCACACCCCUACCUCCUACCCCCUCCUUAAUCUACCACCACCAUCAGGGAGGGGGCUAGGGUAGUAGCAGCCUUUGAUGAUCAGGGCUUGUGUGUAUUCACCUGUUACAGGUGGAUAAACAUCUCUUUGUGAAGCAGAGAGAUCACUCCAUCUACGAUAGAUGGAGAAAAAAAAAAUCAUAAACUAGCAAUGCAAGAUCAACUUCAUUCUUUCUAAUUCAAUUGAUUGUAGCCUGUAGAGUUCUUAUGAUCUUAACUUUAUGAAGGCUUAGUUUAUAGGACAGAUAUCAUUCCACCAAAUCUGUUAACACACCUAGUCAAAUGAUCCAGAAAUGUAAUGAAGUAUGCAUCAAGUGAAAAAGCAAGUAAAAAAAAAAUUGAAAAAAAAUGUA